UGUGUGUGUGUGUGAGACAUGCUUCUCAUCAGCAGACGACAGCAGCUUAACGAACAGAAACAAAACAGAGAGACUGAAAACUGUGAGUCAGUGUAAGAUUCACAUCUGAUCUGCUCCAGAGCCUCCAUUCUUUCUUCUCCCGUGAGGAAGAGGAGAACGGAGGAGGAGGAAGACCCGUACCCCCCGCCACCCCCCAACCCCCCAGCACACAGAGAACACACCGGAAGAGAGAGAGAGAGAGAGAGAGAGAGAGAGACAGACAGACAGACAGACAGAACGAGGGUUUUAUUCGUUUGUGCUUCUGCUCCGUUCUUUCGGGAGCGAGUGACGUGCUCAUGUCCGUCAACUCGGAAAAAUCCUCUUCCCCAGAAAGGCCCAACACACAGAAGGUUCCGUCAGCCCCGCCUCCUGCCCCGCCCACACCCCCUCCACCCGAACCGGCAGCCCCCCCAGAGCCGGAGGAAGAGAUCCUGGGCUCCGAUGAUGAAGAGCAGGAAGAUCCGGCAGACUACUGCAAAGGCGGCUAUCAUCCUGUGAAGAUCGGCAACCUGUUUAAUGGCAGAUAUCAUGUGAUUCGUAAACUGGGCUGGGGUCAUUUCUCCACUGUGUGGCUGUGUUGGGAUAUUCAAGGGAAGCGUUUUGUUGCGAUGAAGGUGGUGAAGAGUGCGCAGCACUACACAGAGACGGCGCUGGAUGAAAUUAAACUUCUCAGAUGUGUGCGUGAGACAGAUCCUGAUGACCCCAAUAAAGAUAUGGUUGUUCAGCUCAUAGAUGACUUCAAGAUCUCUGGAGUGAACGGAAUUCAUGUGUGUAUGGUGUUUGAAGUUCUCGGUCAUCAUUUGCUCAAGUGGAUCAUCAAGUCUAAUUAUCAGGGUUUGCCGUUACCCUGCGUCAAGAGCAUCAUCAAACAGGUUCUACAGGGGUUAGAUUAUCUGCACAGUAAGUGUAAGAUCAUCCACACAGAUAUCAAACCAGAGAACAUUCUCAUGUGUGUGGACAACGCGUUUGUACGCAGGAUGGCUGUCGAGGCCACAGAGUGGCAGAAAGCUGGAGCUCCUCCACCAUCUGGAUCUGCAGUCAGCACAGCUCCUCAACCCAUACAGGUGGGUAAAAUCUCGAAGAACAAGAAGAAGAAGUUGAAGAAGAAGCAGAAGCGGCAGGCAGAGCUCCUGGAGAGACGGAUGCUGGAGAUCGAAGCCCUGGAGAAAGAGGCGGAGCAACAGAGAACAACAAAACCCGCCCACAGCCCCACCCACGGCCCCGCCCUCAUGCUGGGAGACAGUGAGGAUGAUGAAGAUGAUGAUGAGGAUGUUGAUGAGGAAGAAGAGACUGAAGGAGAGAAAGUGCGACCUGUCAGACUCACUAACCACACAUGUGCAGAGGCAGAUCAGGAGGACGUAGAUGAGAAUGAGGAUGACUGUGACGUCACUUCCACCACAGACUGUCCAGCUGAAGAGUCCACAACAGAGACAAACACACCCACACACACUGACACUCCCAAGGAAGAGACGGAAAACACGAGAGAAACAGACAAACAGGAAGGAAAUGAGGAAGAGAGAGAGAGAGAGGAACAGGAAGAGGAAGUUAAAGUGAAUGAACAGGAAACUGAAGUCACAUCGUCACAGAGCGCAGAUGACACGCAUGUGGCAAAACAACACGAGUGUCCGAGAGAGGAAACGGAUGCAUCGAAAGAGACGACAGACAGGAAAGAGGAAGAAGAUGAUGAUGAUGAAGAGGAGGAGGAGGAGGAGGAGGAGGAAGCAGAUGAUGAAGGUCACAAUCAUAAUGACUCAUCUAAAACAAACGGUCAUGUCAUUAUUGAUGCACAGGAAGUAGAAUGCCUGUCGCCCCUGUCGCCCCCGCCGCAGCCCACACAGCCACUCCUGUGCCCGCUGGUCGAAUCAGAGAUCAGCACGACCGACCGCGAUGCUUCUGAUGCAUCUUACGAACUUUAUAAUGGAGAAAUGGCAGGACUCACAAACGGAGCGCGACACCGCGGCACAAUGCCUCGCUUUCCCGAGCUACCGUUCGAUCCCCAACCGGCCGACUGCGUGCGAGACGAAGCACAAGCUCUCAGCACAAAUGCCGACCGCAGCCGAACCGUAUCGUCAUCAAGCACUGGAGACACACCGAAAGUGCGGGUUCGAGCAGCUGAUCUGUUAGUAAAUCCAUUGGAUCCUCGGAACGCUGAAGUCCUGAGAGUGAAAAUAGCCGAUCUGGGCAAUGCAUGCUGGGUGCACAAGCACUUCACUGAAGACAUCCAGACCCGUCAGUACCGCUCCAUCGAGGUUCUGAUUGGAGCCGGAUACAGUACGCCUGCUGAUAUAUGGAGCACCGCAUGCAUGGCAUUUGAGUUGGCAACAGGCGAUUAUCUGUUUGAGCCUCAUUCUGGUGAAGACUACUCACGCGAUGAAGAUCACAUCGCUCUGAUUAUGGAGUUACUGGGAAAAAUCCCUCGCAAGGUCAUUGCAGCAGGAAAAUACAGUCGUGAGUUCUUCUCUAAGAAAGGUGAGCUACGGCACAUCACUAAACUGAAGCCCUGGUCACUAUUUGACGUUCUGUUGGAAAAAUACGGCUGGUCGGCGGAAGAUGCCGGUCACUUCACUCACUUUCUGUUGCCCAUGCUGGAGAUGGUUCCGGAGAAACGCGCCUCCGCUUCAGAAUGCCUCACUCACCCCUGGCUCAACUCAUAGCACUUUGCACACUCAGACUCAUCGCCUGAACUGCGGGGGGCAGGGUCAGAGGUCAUGGGGGUGCUGUGAAUCACGAGUGUCGAGACUCCAUCAGAUCAGUUCUGUCGACAUACACACAGUUUUAAUAUCUCAUCUGAGAUGAAGCUUCAGUCAUCAUCUUCUGACAGACUGAACUCAGAGCAGCGAGUGGUGGAAGUGACAUUUAACAAUUUCACAUCAAACAAUGUCAUUUAUUUCUCAUUUUAUUUAAAUAGUUGUUUUAGGAAAUGGAGGGAGACUCACACUUGUUUUUUAGUGUUUGUAAAACAUGGAAGAAGUUUUCAUCCAUUAUAUGAGCGUGUUUACUGGCAAUCAAACCCAUGACCGUAGUGUUGCUAGUGCCAUGCAGGAACACUUCUGAGGGUUUCUUCCAAAGGCAGCAUGUGCUUGUGCAUUGAGUGAAACUCUCUUGAAAUUCCUAGAAACGAUGCUGGCAAACAUUUAGAGAUAAUAAUAGGGUUUUCUGCGAACAGUCAAUCGAUAAUAUUCUGAUACCUCUAGAAACAGCGUGUCAGUGACUGAACAUUAGAGAUACUGAUGCAACUGUUUGUGUUUGUAACGUGAACUUUGAUGCUUCUCAUCCAAUCACUGACAUUCAUGAGCCCAUUCGAGACCCUCUUUAUGCAGCCCCUCCCCUAUUGCACCUAUCCUCCAAUCAGCAAAGACAGAAGAGCUGUUUACAAACAGACACACCCCUCGGACGCACUGCCUCUGAACAAAUCUAGAGCAAAACAUAAAUCCAAAAGAUUCUACAGAUGGUUUGAUUUCAGACUGAUGCCUGAUGAUGGACAGAUUGACAGGUGUCACUCAAACACUUCUCAGCAUUCACUCCAGUGAGAAUUUUUCAGCUCUUGAUUUUAGUUUUUUUGUGGUUUGGACUUCUGGACUUCUGACCUGCCCGAUUCAAACUAUAAACUUCAACAUUCUUGACUGUCGCGGUGCAUCAGCUACCUGUGAUGAGCACGCUUGUGAUUAUCUGCACUUUCUGGCAGGAUGGCUUCUGCUCGCAGAUGUCUCGUUAAACAAGUUGCACUUGUGUUUGAACUUUUUGUUCAGGGAACAAUUACCAAUGUACAGCAAACUAUCCAAAAACUGCUGGGCGCAAGAUAAAAACACAUAGAUAUAAAGAGGCGAGCAUCGCGGUGACGGUUGCACGUGCGCAGCAGGUGAGAUGCGAGACGAACAGACUGACUCCCCCUGUGGCUGCGGAGGGUACUGCAUCCUCCACUUCUGUGACAUCACACUGCUCAAAUGACAUCAUCAAAUUCACAGUUUGUCCAGUUGCCUAUUUUCGCAAUAAAAAUAAGUAGAUGGUGAAAUAUUUUUAAAAACAUUUAAAUCUAUUUAAAAAGGAAACAAGAAAUGAUCUGAUGUUGUGACAGUGAUGAAUUUUAGUCGUAAUAAUAAGGUGAUUGUGUUUUGUCAAUUUAGAAAUAUUUUUUGGUUUUCACUUUUCUCCCCUCAUGACAUUAACUUGUGCUGCUCUGUUGGAAUCAUGGUACAAUAAUGAAUUUGAUCAAACAUUUUUGCAAUAAUAGUGAUGAUGAUGAAUUUUUGCACCGAAGGGCCCCGCGGUCUCUCACGCUGACUGUUCUUCCUCACGUCGACAGAAUCACGUCUCAUGUGUUUUUCAUCAACUGAUUUAAUAAAAGUGUAAAUUUAAUGGAUUGCAGUGACAACAUGCCCACCAUUCUUAUUCUGUGUUCCCAUAUUUUUGUUAAGCAGUAUUUCCAUGUGAUUACAGCAGUGUUGUUAAAGUUUUCGGGUACAUUAAAUGCCCAAAAUCAGGAGGACACCCCUUUGACUAUUUCGUCUACAUUCUGUUCUAGCAGGACAAUGAUCCUGUGCACACAGUGAGGUCCAUAUAGACAUUAUUUACUGAGUCAAGUCAUUUUUAUUUGUAUAGCAUUUUAUUUGAUUUUUUUUUUUACAGUACACAUCAUUGCAAUGCAGCUUUACAGAAAAUCAUACUGUUUUAAAUGUCUAGUAUCCAGUGAACAGCUUUAUAGAACUUGAAAUGCAUUCAUAUCUUUGUUUUUAAGCCCUUAGCAUGCAAGCAAAGUCGAGUGGUGACUGUGGCCAGAGUAAAAAAAUCUAUAAGAUGUUAGUGGAGAGAAAAAACCUUGAGAGGAUCAGCUGGGGCAGCCAGUUCUGCUCUGGUGUGGAAGAACUUGACUGUCCUGCAAAGUCCAGACUUGAACAGAAAAAUAGAAUUACAAAAACCCACUCAAGCUUCAUAUUACGAGGAUGACAUGAAAAUUGUGUAAAUAAUAUUGCCCCUGCAUGGACAUCGUUAUGUGUUUACAUACACUAUAAAAAGUCAUAUAUUAGAAAAAAAGUACAAAACCUUAAGUUACAAUAAAAUAAUGUUAUAAAAAAAAAAAAAAAUAAAUAAAAAAUAAUUUUAUACCUACACAAAAAUAAAACAAGAAAAAAAAGAUUUUAACAAGUACCUGUCUCCCUAAAAUAAUGUAAAAAAGGGCUCCAUGAUUUUGUAAAAUGUAUCUUUUCAAGUUUGAGGGCAAACAGUAGACCCAAAACCCAUUGACGAUAGCUUCCUAUAAAUAUAAGCAGUCUGGCAAACAGUGUGGAAAGUGUUAUAUUGUACAUUUCUAGAGCCGUUCAAAGCCGGCACGCUGCACGAAUCUGUUUGUAGCUUACUAGCCUGCUUAGCAUUGCUUAUUAUACGUUCAUCUUUUUAUCAUUUGCCAUUUUACCAUGUCCUUUGUUUUUUCCGCUUUUCUACAGUUUCAAUGCGUGUCUUUUACCGCGUACACCUGUUUCUCUCUUUUUUCUUUUCUUUUUUCCCACUUGUCUACAUCUCGCGUCUUGACGGCGUGCAUUUGUUUUCUCCUCUGUGUUUACAUGGAUUAUUGCAUCAGUCUCAAACAUCUGCUGAUCAAGAGCCACAUCGAUCUCAAACUCUCGCGCUCAAGAACAACCAUAACAACAUCAUAAACAAACAAUUGCAGUAAGUCAUGGCACAUGUUUACUAUAGCUUCUUCCAUCAGCAGUGAGGGAUUCACAUAAAUGUAAGGAAUUAGUCAAGCUGACGGAGAAGUUUAAUGAGUUAGAGACAUGCAUCUGAAUGCUAGUGGAGGUCAGUGAGAAAGAGAAGCCGGUAGAUACUGUUUCGGAUGUGGGUAGUACAGUGACAGCAACACACACACUUUGGUUCUGGCUGUAGAGUCCCCGCAGCAGGGCGUUUGGGUAACGUCUCGGCAGCAUACUCACUCAGCAAAGCGACACCAUUCUCCCAUUCCUGUUAGGGUUUCCAAUCGAUUCUCUCCUCUCGGUGAUGCACUCACUGAGAAUCAUCUUGAAAGAGCCCUUGGUCAUUGGUGAUUCUAUUGUAAGGAACGUGGAAAUAGAGACUCCAGCCACCAUUGUUAAAUGCAUUUCCGGGGCUCGAGCAUCUGACAUCAGAUCAAAUUUACAUGUGCUGACUAAUGCUAAACAUAGAUUUUCUAAAAUUGUUAUGUUGGCACUAACGAUGUCCGGCUUUGCCAGUCAAAGAUCACUACAGAUAAUGUUAAAGAGGUGUGUGUGAACUUGCAAAAAGAUGUCAGACGCUCUGGCCCCCUCCCUGCUCGUUAUGGUGACGAUGUUUAUAGUUGAUUAGUGUCACUGAAUGGCUGGAUGUCUGAGUGGUGUCUGGAGAAUAAAAUAGGAUUUAUAGACAAUUGGAAGAGUUUUUGGGGUAGACCUGAACUGUUAAAGAGAGACGGAUUCCAUUCCUCCAUGGAAGGUGCCGCUCUCCUCUCUAUUAAUUUGGCUCAUAGUCUUAAUAGUGAUAGUAUUUAACUAACUGGGGCCCAGGUCAGGAAGCAGACAAACUGGUUAAUCCAAACAUCACACAGAUCACAUAAACUACAACACAUAGUAAAUGUAUCACCUAGAUAUCAUAUAGAGACUGUGUCUGUUCCCCGAACUACCAAACACAAAACUCUCACUAAAUCAUUUAGAAAAAAUGAGAUUAAGGUAAAACUAAAAAAAAAAAAAAAAACUGAAGAUAAGCAUCAUAUCAAGUUAGGGCUAUUAAACAUUAGAUCUCUUUCAAGUAAAACACUCAUUGUAAAUGAAAUUAUUACAGAUCAUAGUUUGGAUGUGCUCUGUUUGACUGAAACCUGGCUUAAACCGGAUGAAUAUAUUAGUUUAAAUGAAUCUACUCCCCAGGUUAUUGUUAUAAACAUGAGCCUCGUCUGAAGGGUCGAGGAGGAGGUGUUGCUACAAUUUACAAUGAAGUUUUUGGUGUUACUCAGAGGACAGGAUAUAAGUUUAAGUCUUUUGAACUAAUAUUGCUUAAUGUGACACCAUCAGAUACAAUUAAAAAAUAUCUGUCGUCUUUGCCCUUGCUACAGUAUAUAGAUCACCUGGGCCGUAUUCUGAUUUCCUUGGUGAAUUUGCACAUUUUCUAUCAGAUCUAGUAGUUACUGUGGAUAGAGCUUUAAUUGUUGGUGACUUCAACAUUCACAUAGAUAAUGAAAAUGACACAUUGGGAUCAGCAUUUAUCGAUAUUCUCAACUCUCUUGGAGUCAGACAAAAUGUGACAGGACCAACUCAUCACCAUAAUCAUACGCUAGAUUACAUUCUGUCAUAUGGAGUUGAUGGUGAUACUAUAGAAAUUCUGCCGCAGAGCGAUGACAUCUCAGAUCAUUACCUUGUAUCUUGUAUGCUGCGAUCAGCUAAUGUUACUCAAUCUACACCACGCUAUUGUUCAGGUAGAACUAUUCUUUCGACCACUAAAGAUAGCUUCACUAAUAAUCUUCCAGAUUUAUCUCAUAUACUCAGUAAGCCUAAAAGUCUAGAAGAACUUGAUGUAAUAACAGAAAAUA